AUGGCAAUUGUAGACGACAAUUAUUGUUUUCGCUACAUAGAUAUUGGCUGUAACGGAAGAGUAUCAGAUGGUGGCGUUUUCCAAAAUUGUGCAAUAUUUACUGCACUGGAAAAUAAUAUACUGCCUGAUGGAGGGUUUACUGUAGGAGAUGAUGCUUUUCCAUUAAAAACAUACUUACUUAAAAAAAUUUUUAACUACCGAUUGUCUCUCUCAACUGCUGAUAAAAUUGUUAGAACGUGUUGUGCAUUACACAAUUGGCUAAGAUCGGAAUCGGUAUCGUCAUACAUGCCCAGGGGAUCAGUUGAUGAAGAAAACAUUGAUGAAGGCAUAAUAACUGAAGGAUCAUGGAGAACACAAAGUUAUUCUAGUUUUUUGCCAAUUGCUAAUUCAAGAAGUAAUCACUCUUCACAAGCUGCUAGAGAUUUAAGAGAUAAAUAUCAGGAGUAUUUUUUAAACGAGGGAUCAGUAUCAUGGCAAGAAAUGAUGAUAUAUUAA